AUGCGUUUGCUUCCCUCCAAUAUUGCGAUAUCCGGAUAUGGGGGUUGGGCUUGGGGGGAACAAGGGCGGAGGGGUCUCAGACUCAGUGGAGGGCUUUGGGGCUUAGGGCUAGAGUUUCGUUUGUGUGAAGUUCACACUUCGAGUCUUCGACUUCACUGUUCCUCUGUGGCUUUGCACCGCAGCUCUCCAUCGGACCACCGACCAUCUCCUUCUCCAUUCUCCACUUCUCACUUCGCGAACGGCGAAUCCCCUCUUCGGCUCUCCAGCCUCUCCUGGUUUCGCGAGUCCCUCCCCGGCUCUUCCCUCACGUGGGCGUGGCGACGACUCUUCAGUCUUCACUCAGUGACUCAGCCACUCAGGUCUGAGAAGUUCGUAUUCAUUACAUAUUGGGGUAGAGCAUUAGCAGGCAUGAGGAGGUUGUUCUAUUGUACUAUGGAUAGGUCAUGGGGAUUGGUACUGGUGGUUAGUGGUGCCUGUGUGAGACACAAUAUGUUUCUGUGUGAUGUUAGUCCUGUGUGGACCAAUCCUAUAUAGACCAUGUUUCUGUGUGACGUUAGUCCUGUGUGGACCAUGGAUUCUGUGAAGAUGUUAGUCUCGUGUGGACCAUGUAUUUCUAAGAAGAUGUUAGUCUUGUGUGGACCAGUCCUGUGUAGACCAUGUUUCUGUGUGAUGUUAGUCUUGUGUGGACCAUGGAUUCUGUGAUGAUGUCAGUUUUGUGUGGACUAGUCCUUUGCGGACCGUGUAUUUUGUAUAAAUGAGAGUGUUGUGUGGA